AUGAAUAAGAUGGGUAGCAUUUCAAACGAUUUGGUUCCAAGACUUGGUUUUGAAGAGAUAAGGAGUGAAAUGAACAAAUAUGGUGUGGACAUAUAUCCAAGUACAUUAAAAAAUCCGAGUACAGAAGAUAUACAAGGAGUAUAUAGUAUAUGUAUAAAAUAUAUAUUAAAUAAAGAUAUUGAGACUAUACGUAUAGAAGAAUAUACAGGAAGUUUAAUAUGUCCAAUGCCAAAAGUUGAUGGUUCUGAUUUAAUGGGUAAUGAUGGUAAGAAUCAUUUCCAAGCUAUUGGUAAUUUAAGAUUUAUUCGACAUUGUGAAAAGAUUAAUAAGAUAUUAAAUUUAGAUAACAUUUUAAGUUAUAUAUUUAAACCAGUAGGUAGUCAUAUGACAAAAUUAAUAAAUUCAUUUAUACAUUAUAUGAAAUAUCGAGAUCAAUUAUAUAAUGAGAAUAAUGAAAAGAUAAAAAGUAUUCAAGAAAAAAAACAAAAAUGUGAUAUUUUAGAAAGUGACUUAAAAACAAUAGAAAAUGAAUUAAAUGAAUUAAUUUUAAAACAUGAAGAUAUAAAGAAUAAUAUUAUCAAAGAAAAGAAUAUAAAAAGAAAUUAUGAAGAAGAAAUUAUAAAAAAUCAAAAUUUAUUAAAUUCACAACAAAGUCUUAUAAUAUCUUUAAAUUCAACAAAAGAUAAAAUCGUUAAUGAAACAAAUGAAUUACUAUUUCAAUAUUCAAGAAAUAGACAAAAAAAAGAAGAUUUAGAAGAUCAAAUUGUUCCAUCACCUGAAAAAUUACAACAAUAUAAUGAAGAAUUAAAAGAUCUUCUUCAUGAACAUUUAUCUCAUUUUGAAGAUGAUAAAAAAAAAAAUGAAGAUAUGAAAAAUAAAAUGAAUAUAGCUGAUACUUGUAUUAAAAAAUUAGUAGAUUUAUUAACUGCAGUAGAUAAACAUAUUGAAAAUACAAUUAAAUUACAUAUUGAAAAAAAAAAUAAUCUUAAAAAUAUAGAGAAAAAAUAUAAAUCGUUAUCAGAUGAUAAACAAAAUCUUAUUACAAAAAAUACACAACAAGAUCAAAUUAUACAAGAUACAAAAGAAAAUCUAAAACAAGAACAAAUAAAAUGGAAUCAAAAAAUUAAUCAUGAACAACAAAACACUAUAUUAAUACAACAAAAAGUAAAAGAUAUAUAUCAAAAGGUUGAAGAUCUCAAUAUUAAAACAAAUAGAGAAAUUAAUCAAAUUAAUAAUAUUAUCAAACAUAUACAAGAUAUUACUAAUAAUUAUAAUAAAAAUAUUCUUCUUAUAUGUGAACUUAUACAAAACACAAAAAAUUCUCACAACAUUCUUACACAAAAAGUAAUCAACAAUAUAAACACAGGCAUCAGCGCAAACAUGUGA